AUGUUCAAUACGUACUCUUCGGUUAUUCAGAACAUGACUCCUCCAAGUCUGUUUGAUUUGAGUUCGACUAAUUCGUUCUCAUCCGGUGUGGGUUCCACUACAGCACAGUUGCAUGAAACGGUUGAUGCGGAGUCCCAGAUUAUUGGUACAACAACUCGUUCAUUCGGAAACACUUUCGCACAAGGUGGCUCCCAUGUGGCUCGAACCGUUCAACAUGCUGGAUCCCAGUUCGGCACUUUUCUUAACGGACCUACCGUUUCCGGGGGUCUUAGUGCAGCAGCGGCCGCAGUGGCUGUGGCAGCCUGGUCUGCCGAUCGUCAGCAAUUCACCAAUCAAUCGCUUGAAAGCGAAUCAACUAAUGCAGCUACUGAACAUUCAUCCACAAAGGAUAGUCAAACCAGAUGGCACCUGACCUCACAAACACCACCACCACCACCACCACCAGAAUGCACAGUUGAGUUGACUAAAACAGAUCACACUGCCAUCUACCCUAGUCCAUCACAUCAACGAGAAAGAACUAUGAAUUUGGAGUUCUCUCAGGGUUUGUAUGAACCAAUGAGGAAGGGGAAUCAAAUAAAACUGGAAAAUGAGAACAAGUUUUUCGAGUUCGAAAUGUUUCGUCCCUCGGGAACAUUUUCAUCUACUCACAUGCUCGAGCAGAGAAACGAGCCUUCCACAAUCCCAACAGAAAUUAAUUGCGAUUCGUCGGCCUCGCCCACCUCAUCGACCGCAGUCAGCUUCAUUCACUCUUCAUCCAGUGAUAUUUUGGGACUGAAUCUUGUAGUACCUGAAACGGUUCGUGAUUCAGACGGGCAGAAAAGUUUAUCGGGACAAGCGAUUGUUCAGUCACGCUUGUCAAACGACUGCUCCGUACGUGGACAACCAGUGUGGAGUGCUACGAAAUGUUUCCCAUUCGGUGCCCCCAGUGCAUACAAUCCCUACACAACAAUAACAACGACCACAGGGGAGACCAUGGCCAACACAACCGCCACAUCGACCUCCUGUGCAUCCAAAAUUCUCUUCGCUAACAACUCUUCUGAUGGGACUAUUUUUGACUCGGACCGAGCAACUUUCGUCGGCAAUUGGGGUGCAAUCAACAAUUUUUCUUCGAUGCCCCUGAUGACCGCAUUUCAACCGGGAUUGAAUCGAACCGUAAAGACACUGCUUUUGAAUGAACCAUUUAGCCCACCCCGGGCAGCGGUCUACGACCAGUCGUACGAACGCAUGCCUGCCAUGUCCGCCACAUUCGGAUCGGUUUUGGAUUUGGGAAAUUAUUUAUUCAUUAUCAAACCUAAUGAGUAA